ACCGGAGCAUGGAGUCCGCUAACGUGUCGCUGAGUUUGUUUGGCAACGUGUCCACCGUGCUGCGGCCGGAGGCGCGACUCUCCGCCGAAACGCGUCUGCUGGGCUGGAAUGUUCCGCCGGAGGAGCUGCGUCACAUCCCCGAGCACUGGCUAACGUAUCCGGAGCCACCCGAAUCGAUGAACUACCUGUUGGGGACGCUCUACAUAUUCUUCACCCUGAUGUCGAUGGUGGGCAAUGGACUGGUGAUCUGGGUCUUCUCGGCGGCCAAAUCGCUGCGCACCCCCAAUAUACUGGUCAUCAAUCUGGCCUUCUGCGACUUUAUGAUGAUGCUCAAGACACCGAUAUUUAUCUACAAUAGCUUCCACCAGGGAUACGCACUGGGUCACCUGGGAUGUCAGAUCUUUGGGGUGAUCGGUGCCUACACGGGAAUUGCAGCGAGUGCUACUAAUGCAUUCAUAGCCUACGAUCGUUUUAAUGUGAUCACACGACCCAUGGAAGGCAAGAUGACCCAUGGCAAGGCCAUCGCCAUGAUAAUAUUCAUCUAUAUGUAUGCCACUCCGUGGGUGGUGGCCUGCUACACGGAAACCUGGGGACGAUUUGUUCCCGAAGGAUAUCUGACCUCCUGCACCUUCGAUUAUCUCACCGAUAACUUCGAUACCCGCCUCUUCGUGAGCUGCAUCUUCUUCUUCAGCUUCGUGUGCCCCACCACGAUGAUCACGUAUUACUACUCCCAGAUUGUGGGCCAUGUCUUCAGUCACGAAAAGGCUUUAAGGGAUCAGGCCAAGAAGAUGAACGUUGAGUCGCUGCGCUCGAAUGUGGACAAAAGCAAAGAAACUGCAGAAAUCCGGAUUGCGAAGGCGGCCAUAACCAUCUGCUUCCUGUUCUUCUGCUCCUGGACUCCCUACGGAGUGAUGUCCUUGAUUGGCGCUUUCGGGGAUAAGACCCUAUUGACGCCGGGUGCCACCAUGAUCCCAGCCUGCACCUGCAAAAUGGUAGCCUGCAUCGACCCGUUCGUUUACGCCAUAAGUCAUCCCAGAUACCGCAUCGAGCUGCAGAAACGAUGUCCCUGGCUGGCGCUCAACGAGAAGGCGCCGGAGUCAUCGGCAGUUGCCUCCACCAGCACCACCCAGGAACAACAGCAGACCACCGCCGCCUAAUGCAAAACCACCCGCCGACCCACCCAAAAAAUGCUGACAACGAUGAUGAACUGAACCGCCAACGAACUCGUAAUAUAAAGCGCCGGGGAAAAAUUGUAUAAAUAUUUCACGAAGUUCAAGCAACUGUGCAAGAUGUAAAAAAUGUUUUUCUAUUAUGAUUUGUAGUAGGUUUUCUGUUUAUGAAUGAAAUAUAGUCGAGUUAUUGCAAGCAAUGGA